AUGGGAAGAAAUACAUCCCAAAAUACUAUCUUCAAACACCCGUUACUGAAGCUUUCUUUUGUCAUAGUGGCGAUUCUUCUUUCCUUCCUUGGUGGAUAUUUCAUAAACUCAACUUCUUUAUCAAAAUCCUUGGAAACGGAAAUAAAAAUCAAUUCAAAUGAGCAGCGGAGUGCCUACGACGUUCAAAAAGAACUUUUACGUUCAUUUAAGGCGGAAAAUCUCGAAAAAAAUUCAAGGUAUUUUUCCAGCGAGCCACAUUUUGCUGGUUCAAAACGCAACAACGAUUUAGCGCGCUACAUAGCUGAGAAAUGGCAGAAGUAUGGCUUUGAUGACGUUAAAAUGCCAAAGUAUAAUGUGCUCAUGAAUUCCCCACGAAAAGUCUGGGAGAGCAAAGUGGAAAUUCAUCGUAAUGAUCGUGUAAUCUUUAAAUCGAAGUCCGUAGAAAAGAUUUUACGUGAAGAUGAAAAGAAAGGUAAAGAUACCCCAAUUUUCCUGGCUCAGUCCCCUAACGGGGUGGUAGAAGGAGAAGUUGUGUACGCUGACUAUGGCAAUAAAGAGAGUUUCUUACAUUUGCAAGCCGUGGGCGUGUCCGUGAAAAAUAGAAUUGUCCUUAUGCGAAUUGGCAAGAUGUAUAGAGGAAACAAGGUUCUCAAUGCUGCUUCACAUGGUGCAUCUGCGGCCAUCAUCUAUAACGAUCCUGCAGAGUAUGCACCGGAGGGAACCGGCAACAACACUUUCCCUCACUCUUGGUGGCUUCCUGACUCUGGGGCCCAGCGUGGAGCAGCAAGAAACGCAACGGGGCUUGGUGACCCACUCACCCCAGGUUUUCCCUCUGUGGAUGGUAUUUACCGAGAGGUACUUAAUAACAAUGGUUCUUCGCCAAUCCCUGCCAUUGUGCUAUCCUACGGGGAUGCGCAGGAGAUACUGCGUCGCAUGAAAGGUCUUAAAGCACCAAAGAGUUGGCAAGGAGGUUUGCAGUUAACUUACUAUAUCGGACCUGGAUUUAAAGACAAAAGCCUCACUUUGCGUGUGGAUGUCAACAGCAGCUUGGAAUUCAAAACCAUUUACAAUGUGAUCGGCCAGAUUAGGGGCGCAGAAGAACCCGACCGUUAUGUACUCCUGGGAAAUCAUCGAGACGCCUGGGUAUUUGGUGCUGCCGAUCCUGUUAGUGGUACGGCUGUGUUGAUGGAACUAUCACGUGGUUUAGGAGAGUUGAUUAAAAAAGGAUGGAGGCCACGCCGGACAAUAAUGCUGUGCAGCUGGGAUGCAGAAGAAAUUGGUGCUGUUGGAUCAACGGAAUGGGUCGAGGAAAAUACUCAAAUUCUUCAAAAUCGCGCUGUUGCUUACCUUAACAUAGACCAGGCUGUUAAUGGUAAUUUCAGUCUUAAUGUCGAUGCCAGUCCUUUACUCAAACAUUUGGCAUUACAGUUGACGCAAGAAAUUUGUGAUCCAACAGUUCCAGAUACUUGCAAAAGUAUGUACGAAGUCAUGUUGGAGAGAGAUAUAACUAAACAUGUUAAUGGCCGCGCAGUAUGUAACGAUUUGUCAUUUGGUAGUGAUUAUGGAGCGUUUUACCACUUCCUUGGGAUUCCCUGCGCAGAUUGGUCUUAUAUCUUUGGAGGACGAUACAACAUCAGGAGAGCGUAUCCCGUUUAUCACUCCGUGCACGACACGUUUUACUGGAUGAAAACUUUUGUUGAUCCUGAAUUUCAAACUCAUCUGGCCGUGACAAAAUUUGCAGGGGCAUUUCUUCUCAAACUUUCCGACUCUGAACUGUUACCUCUCAACACAACCAGUUACGGAGAAUUCUUAAAAUCAAAAGCAGUUUCCUUGGAAAAGAAUGCUACUCUAAGGGCGCAUAACAUCAGCACGGUUUCUUUUUCUCGCGCAGUGAGGAGAUUUGCAAAAGUUUCGCGUCAGUUUGAAAGAGGCAAGUUAAAUGAGAAACCAGAGAACUACCGCAUCCUGAACGAUCAAAUGAUGCAAGUGGAAAAAGCUUUUAUACAAACUGUAGAAGAAAACGACUGGAAACUUUCCAGACAUGUAAUACAUGGCCUCAACAUCGAUGAUCUGUACGAUAACUUGUAUUUUCCGCGUGUACAUUAUGCCAUGAUCAAGGCGAAAAAAACAGGAGAUUGGAAAUUGGUGGAAAAAGAGAUAUCUUUGCUGACAUAUGCCAUUACUUCUGCUGCAAAUGUUCUGAAACCCAUAUAA